AUGGCUGACCCGGACCCCACUUAUUGGUAUGCAGAGCUGGAGAUUCUGGGCGCAGGGCGAGAUGUGCACAAGCUGGCAGCGUCGCUGGCUGCACCCGAUGUAGUGAGCCAUGGACUGUACAACCCAGAGGUCGAGGCAGGUGCGGACGGCGAGCUGGAGCAGAUGGCUGGGAUGAAGGCUGUCGAGCUGGCCAUUCUGCGGGCCGAAGCGUGCUUGGCGGAGAAGAACUGGCUUGAGGCGCUGCUGGUGCUCAUGCCGAUGGUGCUCAACGAGAGCUUUCUGAUCAAGGCCGGCCGGCUGCUCCAGACGUCGCUGCUGACGCUGGCGGCGCGGGCGGCGCUCGGCCUGGGCGAUGUCGACUCGGCAGAGACGUAUCUGGCGGCGGUCAAGUACAAGAAGCGCCCGCCCAAGAUUGUAGUUGAGCUGAUGGCAAAGGUUGUCUGGGCGCGGCUCGAGGCGACUGACGCCGACGCGGUUGUGGCGCCGGAGCCGUCGGCGAUCAAGCUCGUCCGUGAGCUGCGUGUCGAGGCCUCUGCGCCGCGGCGCGAUCCGACCGUCUGGCUGCGGAUGGCGCGGCUUGCGGCAUCGCCGUAUCUUGCAUGGUGGGGCCUGGCACGCGGCGCGGCGACCGAGGCUGCAGGCGUGCUCGUCCACGGCUCGCGACACCUUCCAGAGGGCUCGAUGGCGGUGACGGGCCUGCACGCGCUGGCUGCCGAGGCCGAAGCACUGCUGGAAGCGAUUCCCACGGAUGCGCCCGAGGCACCUUGCAAGGUAAGCGACAAGUGGGGCCCGCUCAACGAGAUCCCGGAGCCGUGGCGCCGGUGGUCGCGCGAUCGGCAGUAG